AUGCCUACUCAGUUCAACUCGCCACUAUAUGAUGGCCAUUUCCCCGAGACAGAUGCUGCUUCCGUACGAAUCCUUCGUCAUGCUGGUGCCCUCAUCUUCGGUAAAACAACUACCACCGAGUUUGCUGCUAUCCACGUCGGUCCCAAUACUCACAAUCCACAUGACCACUUACGCACUCCGGGCGGAUCGUCCAGCGGCUCCGGCGCUGCUGUUGCCGAUUUCCAAGCUCCCAUGGCCCUUGGGACACAGACAGGCGGAUCCAUGAUUCGUCCCGCAUCAUUCAAUGGGAUUUAUGGAUUCAAACCAACCUGGAACUCUGUAUCUCGCGAAGGUCAGAAGAUAUAUGCUCUGAUGUACGACACUCUCGGAUGGUAUGGACGAUGUGUCGAAGAUCUGGUCCUUCUGGCCGAUAUCUUUGCUCUUCAAGAUGACGAAGACGAAGAUCGGUCUUUUCAAGGCAUCGCAGGGGCACGUUUCGCAAUCUGUAAGACGAGCAUCUGGCCCAUGGCUGGUCCUGGAACCCAAGACGCUCUCGCCCGCGCUGCAGAUCUUCUCAGAUCCCAUGGUGCAGAAGUACAUGAGCUUGAGCUUCCUUCGGCUUUCGAUGAUGUGCCCGAGUGGUAUCGUAUUGGGCUUCACACCGAGGGCCGUACCUCUUUCCUACCAGAGUAUAGAGUUGGAAAGGACCAGAUCGGCCAAGUCUUGAUCGAGCACGUCGAGAACGCCGACAAUUUCACUCGCAAGACGCAACUGAUGGCUAGCGACAGCUUGGCUGCCAUGAGGCCUGUCUUUGACUUUAUUGCUUCGCAGUAUGCAGCUAUCAUCACGCCGAGUGUACCAGACGAGGCCCCCGUUGGUCUGGAGAAUACAGGAAGCCAUGUUUUCUGCGCGAUGUGGAGUGGCCUUCAUGUCCCAGUCCUGAAUGUACCAGGUUUCAAGGGUGACCACGGCAUGCCCAUCGGCCUUUCCCUCGUCGCACCACGAUAUCACGACCGUCACCUCUUGGAAGUCGGCAAAGCUGUCGGCGAAAUCUUUGAAGCCGAAGGCGGUUGGGAGACGAAGAUCGAGUGA